AUGGAGAUCUAUAGAGCCUUGUCGGAUUUUAUCUCGCCCUCUGUCGAGGGCUCUGAGAACAUCCUCUCAUUUGCAAAAGGGGACAGGUUUGAAAUAUUUGACUGUCACAAGACGGGGACAGAAUGGUGGGGCGCUCGUGCAUUGAGCAGCGACACUGUCGGAUACGUACCAUCAAAAUACAUGGAGUAUGAGGAGAGGAAGAUUGGACGUUUAUUACCAGAGAAUUAUGAGAGUCAAAGAGAGGAAUCACUGCGGAAGUUCACCAACAUGCAGAAUGCUGCGAAUCACCAGUCACCAGUCACCCCAGAGACACCUUUACCAGACUACGAAGAAGAGUCGCCAUGGACGCAAAUCAACGAGAAUCAAUUACGUUUUGCUCAACAGUUUGGAAAUGUGUUAUCCAGUAUGGCAGAUAUAGAUGACCAAUAUCUGGAUGUACCAGAACCAGAGCCAGACUACGAUGAUGAUGUACUUGAUGGUCCUGUGAAAACUCCAGAUUCAUCAUCCAUCUCCGACCUUCAGAACCGCCUGGAGCCAGUGAUCAUACGUGAUCGACCUUCUUCCUUGUCUGACCGACCACCAUCAGAUGGGGACGAGUCGGCACUCAUACAGCCGAAACGACUGGUGAAUCCUUGCUUGGAGUCAAAACCCAGGAUGGAUUUACACAAGGAGCUGCUCAUGAACUAUAAAAUGGGUAAGAAUGUGCUACAAAAACCAGAACUGAACAAGGUGCUAGAGGAGAGGAAAGAACGACAGAAAAAACAAGAAUGGGCACAGAGAGAGUCAACCAAACGCACCAGUCUGGAACUGAAACUGGAAAAGCAGGCCAGAAAAGUGUCAGAGAGUGAAUCUACUAAUCUGAAAGCCAUUUCUGAAUCUGACAGUGACACAAAUAACAGUGAACUCUCUAAAGUACACGCCAAAAUACUGCAUAAAAAUGGAUCCGUGAAAUGA